GGUUGUCCUUGUUGCACUUGUUCUUCGUGGAAUCAACGUUGCGCGCUCAACAUUGUCGUGUCGCCAAUGUGUGUGUUUUGUUGUACCACAAGCAAAUUUGUCUUGGCCCCGAUUGUAACGUCCCAGCACACAACUGAAGCUUCAACUCCGAACAAUAAACCAAAAGAAAUUAAAGUGUACACAAUAAACAUUAAAAAGCGAGACGCGAGUGUAAAAUAAUUUAAACAAAAAUAAAUUAAACAGUGUACGAAAAAAAAUUCGAAUAAUGUAAAGUAAAUAGUAGAAGAAUUUCAGGAGCAGCAAUUGGAGAUUACAGCAGAAGAAGAAGAAGAAGCAGCAGCAGAAGAUGCCGUCGCGUGAAAACAACUCCGCCCUAUUUUGAGCUGCAGUCAUUGACAUAGACUAAAAAUCACAGCAACAACACAACCAUGUGCCGCUGCCUUCAUAUCCUGUUCCUUGCUGUUGAAGAAGCAUCAAUAUUAUUAUUAACGUAUUAGGCAUUAACUUUUGCAUCGCAUAGAAGAGUUUUGCCAUCAUCAAAGAGGAUGGCAGCGGGAAACGAGAAUGGCACAGCGAGCAGCGCUGCCGACGUCGCUGCCGCUGCUUCAGCUGCUGUUGCUAAGAGCAGCGCCUUGCAUUCGCUGGACAGCUAUGAUGUGGUCUACGAUGGUCAGGAGCAUGAUGACACCAAAAGCGUGUCUCAUCUCGAUUGGCCCUUCUUAAUUAAGGGAAUCCUGGAGAGCAGCCAGACAUGUGCACCCACCACACCGGACACACUGGCCGCCCUGCUCUGGGCAAUUAUCGCAGUGUUUGGCAUCGUCUAUGCUCUGCUUGGCUAUCGCUGCUUGCGAGCCGUCGGCUUCCUCAGUGGCUUGAUGGUGGGCGCCAAUGGCAUCUUCAUAUUGCAGGACUUUCAGAUCACUUGGCUGGGCAAACCCGCCGACUCGGCGCUCGCCAUUGUCGCUGGUCUCCUGGGUGCCGUCCUGGGAUCCACAUAUCCCGUGGCGUCGGUUUUAAUUAGCGCCUUUGCUGGCGCCUUGCUCUCCGGUGCUGCGAUGGCCGUGUGCGUUGCCACAAUGCCGGACAAUGAAUUUGGCUAUCGCGAGAUCUAUGUCGCUGUCGUGGGCGGUGCUGUCAUCUGUUCGGUGUUAACGCUUUGCUGUGUCAAGUAUGUCACCAUACUCACGUCCAGCAUUGUUGGCACCGCCAUGAUUAUUGGCGCCAUUGACUUUUUCAUGCAUGGCCUGGAGACCAUUAACUGGAUACUCAACAUGAAGCCACAUCCAUCGCCACCGCCUUGCUACGGCGGAUUGCUGAUCACCGCCUGGCCGGUGACCAUUGUGAUAAGCAUUAUGGUGCAGUGCUUCAUCACCGCCUGGCGCGUGGAUCAUCGCAAGCGCAUCUAUAUGCGGCACCAUCAGCCCCACGGUGCCCAUGGUCCGCAUCAUCAUGGACUGACGCACGGACAGCCGCCGGCGCCGGGCAAUCCUCAUGUGCCGAUGCGACGGGCUCAAUCGCGUACACGAGAAACACGCGAGGAGGCGCGUCAACGCAAGUUCCGUUAUCUGUAUCAGGUGCGCACAGCACGCGGUGACAUUAUAUCGCAGAACUUUGUCUCGGCUCUGCAGAAGCGCAUACAAUUGAGCGGCACCGAAACGCCAUCGGAGCGUUCGAUUAAGACGAGCUCGAAUGAACGCAACACAUUCCGCAGUGAUCGGACACACUUUACGACCAUUCACGAUCCGGAGCUGUGCGAUAAGAUUGAAAUUGUGCGCGACAUUGGAUAACAAACAAGCAAUAGCUACAUGUAACUAUAUCCGUAAGGGGGGCUAGGGAGUGAUCAAUUCAACAGAUUGGAUUUUAGGGUCGGGGGCCAAUUAAAAACGAUGCGAGUUUGGACAACACGGUUAUAGCAACUAGGAAUCAACAUGUAGCUAAAUGGCAAACAAAAACAGAAAACCCAAAAGUGACACGACGGACAGCAGACCGAAAGAAGAGAAGACACAAGCUUUAACUUGAUAUGGAAAUUGAAAGAAUACCAGAUGAAGAGGACGAGUUAUACUCGCGUUUGGUUUCCCGCAAAAUAUGAAAAA